GGGAAGCACCUGCCCCCCGCAGCUGAGCGCGCGGGCCUUGGAGCCGGGAACGAGACCCGGUUCCAGCCCCGCGGGCGCGCGCUGAUGACGCGACGGCGCGGCGGCCCUAGCGACGGCGGUCUCCAGGGAGCGGGCGCGCGCUGAUGACGCGGCGCCGCGGCGGCCCUAGCGACGGCGGUCUCCAGGGAGCGGGCGCGCAGCACGGAGGCAUGGACGCGACCACCGCCCCUCACCGCAUACCCCCGGAAAUGCCCCAAUACGGGGAGGCGAACCACAUAUUCGAGCUGAUGCAGAACAUGCUGGAGCAACUCCUGAUCCACCAGCCCAAGGACCCCAUCCUGUUCAUGAUCAGUCACUUGCAACGAGACAACAAUAAUGUGCCGAAGAUUGUAAUAUUAGGUCCACCCGCCUCGGGGAAAACAACUAUAGCAAUGUGGCUGUGCAAACAUCUCAACAGCAAUCUUCUCACCGUGGAGAACCUGAUAGGAAGAGAAUUUUCCUCUCUGGCUGCGGGUGCCAGGAGGCAUUACCAGAACGUGACGAAGGUGCCCAGCACCCUGCUCGUCAGACUGAUUCAGGAACGUGUGAGUGAGGAGGACUGCAUCAGGCGGGGCUGGAUUCUGGAUGGCAUUCCUGAAACUCGGGAGCAGGCCCUGAUGAUCCAGACCCUCGGGAUCACCCCCAGACACGUCAUUGUGCUGAGCUCUCCAGACACCGUCCUGAUUGAGAGAAACUUGGGGAAGAGAAUCGACCCUCAGACGGGAGAGAUUUAUCACACCACCUUUGACUGGCCCCCCGAAGCGGAAAUCCAGAACCGGCUGGUGGUGCCAGAGGGCAUCUCAGAGCUGGAGACGGCACGGAAGCUGCUGGAAUACCACAGGAACAUCAUCAGGAUCCUUCCGGCUUACCCCAAGAUCCUGAAAGUCAUCAGCGCCGACCAGCCGUGCAUGGACGUCUUCUACCAGGCUCUGACCUAUGCCCAAACCAGCCAUCGAUCUAAUGCCCCGUUCACCCCGCGGGUGCUGCUUUGCGGGCCCGUGGGCAGUGGGAAACGUCUGCAGGCUGCCCUCCUGGCCCAGAAAUACGGCCUCGUCAACGUCCACUGUGGGCAACUGUUGAAAGAGGCAGUAGCAGACAAGUCAAAAGUCGGCGAGCUCAUCCAGCCCUAUUUUCAAAAGAAGAUGGCAGUCCCCGACAGCAUCAUCAUGAAGGUGCUGGACCAGAGGCUGAGCCAGCAGGACAGCGUUCAGAAGGGGUGGGUGCUGCACGGCUUCCCGAGAGACCUGGACCAGGCGCACAUGCUGCACAGCCUGGGCCACCAGCCCAGCAGGCUUAGCUCCACCUCCGCCUCCUCCAGGAAGCCUCCCCUGAUGCUUCUCCUUGUUCUGCACCUUCAUGGGACGCUGUACAUCGUUCCUGUGAUAGGAAGCCGCUUCACAGGAUGGUGCUUCAACCAGAGGCUCUGGAAGCCUGGCUUUGCCCCUUUCAUGCUCUGUGAGCCUGGUCAGGCUGUUAUGAUCUCCGGAUGUCAGUUUUUUUUCCGAGCUAAGAUGGGAGUGACUUUGUCCUGACAGGCAGCACAUAUUCACAGAAGAUGCGUUACGUGCGGGUACUGCUGAAGCUGUGGGAAGCCAGGAGAAAUGAGAGCUAAACAGCUCCCAUCACACGGCUUACUUUCUAGUCGGGGUGGGAAAAGGCCACAUGCGGGUCGACAGAUCCUUAAUAGGCUGAGAGCCACAGAAAGCAGUAAAGCAGGAUAAAGGGGAGUAAGGAAGGUGGGCGGUGGGGAGGCAGAGGAGGAGACGGUAUGUUGGGCAAAAGGUGGUCCGGGACGGCCUUUCUGCCAACAGGACACGUUAGCAGAGGUUUAAAGCAAUCGCGUGAAGACCUGGGGAAGGGCAGUGUGCAGGAAACAGCGAGUGCAAAGGCCCUGAGGUGGGAGUGAGCUUGGCAAGCUUAAG